GAUUGGCGGCUGCUGGCAGUCUCGGGUCUGCAGCCACAAUGGCAAGCAGAAACAACAACAAGCUGCCCAGCAACCUGCCGCAGUUACAGAAUCUGAUUAAGCGAGAUCCGCCGGCCUACAUCGAGGAGUUUCUACAGCAGUAUAAUCACUACAGAUCCAAUGUGGAGAUUUUCAAAUUGCAACCAAAUAAACCCAGCAAAGAACUAGCAGAGCUGGUGAUGUUUAUGGCACAGAACAUCCUAAAUGUGUGCAUCUGAUUAUAGGAGAGAAAGAGAGAAACUUCAGAAGAGCCUUUGCUUUGUUACAGAUUAGUCACUGCUACCCAGAAUAUCUAAGUAAUUUUCCUCAAGAGGUGAAAGAUCUUCUAUCCUGCAAUCAUACCAUAUUGGAUCCAGAUCUUCGAAUGACGUUUUGCAAAGCUUUGAUCUUGCUGAGAAAUAAGAAUCUCAUCAAUCCAUCAAGCCUGCUAGAGCUCUUCUUUGAACUUCUACGUUGCCAUGAUAAGCUUCUCCGAAAGACUUUAUACACACAUAUUGUGACUGAUAUCAAGAAUAUAAAUGCAAAACACAAGAACAAUAAAGUGAAUGUAGUACUGCAAAAUUUCAUGUAUACCAUGUUAAGAGAUAGCAAUGCAACCGCAGCCAAAAUGUCUUUAGAUGUGAUGAUUGAACUCUACAGAAGGAACAUCUGGAAUGAUGCCAAAACUGUCAAUGUUAUCACAACUGCAUGUUUCUCUAAGGUCACCAAGAUAUUAGUUGCUGCUUUGACAUUCUUUCUUGGGAAAGAUGAAGAUGAAAAACAGAACAGUGACUCUGAAUCUGAGGAUGAUGGACCAACAGCAAGAGACCUGCUAGUGCAAUAUGCUACAGGGAAGAAAAGUUCCAAAAACAAGAAAAAGUUGGAAAAGGCAAUGAAAGUGCUCAAGAAACAAAAGAAGAAGAAAAAACCAGAGGUGUUUAACUUUUCAGCCAUUCACUUGAUUCAUGAUCCCCAAGAUUUUGCAGAAAAACUACUAAAACAGCUUGAGUGCUGUAAGGAGAGGUUUGAAGUGAAGAUGAUGCUCAUGAACCUCAUCUCCAGAUUGGUGGGAAUUCAUGAGCUCUUCCUCUUCAAUUUCUAUCCCUUUUUGCAAAGGUUUCUGCAGCCCCACCAAAGAGAAGUAACAAAGAUCCUUCUGUUUGCUGCACAAGCCGCUCAUCACCUAGUACCCCCAGAGAUUAUUCAGUCAUUGCUUAUGACUGUGGCCAACAAUUUUGUUACUGACAAGAACUCUGGAGAAGUCAUGACAGUAGGAAUUAAUGCUAUAAAAGAAAUAACAGCUCGAUGUCCUCUGGCCAUGACUGAAGAACUUCUCCAAGACCUGGCUCAGUAUAAAACACACAAUGAUAAGAAUGUCAUGAUGUCUGCUAGAACUUUGAUUCAGCUCUUCAGAACACUGAAUCCUCAGAUGCUGCAGAAGAAAUUCCGGGGUAAGCCUACAGAGGCCUCCAUAGAAGCAAGAGUACAAGAAUAUGGAGAAUUAGAUGCUAAAGGUUACAUUCCAGGAGCAGAAGUUCUGGAAGUUGAGAAAGAAGAGAAUGCUGAAAAUGAUGAAGAUGGAUGGGAAAGUACCAGUCUUAGUGAGGAGGAGGAUGCUGACGGUGAAUGGGUUGAUGUGCAACACUCUUCCGACGAAGAACAGCAAGAAAUUUCCAAGAAGCUGAACAGCAUGUCCAUGGAGGAGCGGAAAGCCAAAGCUGCAGCCAUCAGCACCAGUCGAGUUUUAACUCAGGAAGACUUCCAGAAAAUCCGCAUGGCCCAAAUGAGAAAAGAACUUGACGCUGCCCCUGGGAAAUCCCAGAAGAGGAAAUAUAUUGAAAUAGACAGUGAUGAAGAGCCC